AUGUAUUUAGUACAUCAAAGUAGUUUUCAUUGGUUUUUCUAACGAAGCCCUACAUUUGACCUUCAUUUCAACAAUGAAGAUUUAUAAUUGACCACUUUAUUGGACGAUGACAACCUGAUAACCGAGGCUCAAUCUUAGAAUGAAAAAAUUUUAGAUUUGUAAUAUAAUCAGUAGAUUAAUAGUGUUCAAGAAGACCAAGUGCUUGAAUUGAUCAAAUAUAUAACGGAAAUGCCUGAAGAUGAUUCAAAUUCGAAGAGAGCAUAUAGAUAUCCAUAUUAUUCAAGUGCCCUCCUGUGUUUCAUUGUAAAAGGAAAGCCAUAGUAUUUCAUUGAGAAUGAUAAACGGCUUCUUUAUAAGUUGCUCAAUUUUUUUUCUUAGGAUCAGGAUGUUAAUUCAGUUCUUGCUGGGUUUGUCAUAAACGUACUCCAAAAUAUUUAAGAGGAACUAUUGGUAGGGGAAUGUUUUCAGAAUCCAUAAAUUUAAGAGGGGAUGAUCAGAUAAUUGUAAUCCCGCUCAGUCUCUGACUUUCUACUUUAUUUAUUACAGGUUUAAUCAUAAUAAUACUAAAAUGAAAAAGUAAAUCUACUUUAGUCUAUUCUGAAAAGAAUAGAUGAUUCCACUAAUUUUGAAAUAUCGUCUAACGUUUCAUACAUCAUCUAGGAGUUGAUUAAAGUGGAGGAUUACUAACAAUGGUAUAUGGACAUCAUUUUUGGAGAAUUCAUCAAUAAACUUUGUCAAACUAUUUUAUUCAAGGAUAAUUUUAUUUCUUUAUCCUCAAGCACCAUACUUUUUAAUUUACUUUAAUUCUUAAAAAACACCUAUUAAAAAUAAUAUGGGUCUAAAGUUAAGGGCCCAGAAAUAGAUGUGAAUAUGGUAUUUUCUAGAAUAGAACCAUAUUGCACUGAUUGGAUUGAGUAUCUAUUAAAUCAGAAAUCUACCAUUUUGGGCCAAUAAAAAUUAAAACUACUUGAAAUAAUUGGAGUUGGAGUUUCCUUAAAUAAUUAGUAAUUUAUUAAUAGGCUUUAUUAAUGUAACAUAUUCAAAGUGUACAAUUAACUAUUUCUCACUUACGAAUAGCAUGACAUACUGCAUUUCUAAUAUUUCAAUUUGAUUUCUUAGACGAUUGAAAACUAAAUCGAUAUCCUCAUUAAGAAUUUGUUUGAAGAAAACUAGUUUAUUUAAUUAUUGAUACAAUGCACUAAUAAAGUGGACAAUCAAGAAAAACAAAGGAAGGGAUAGUUGGGCUUUAUUACGCUCUUGGGAAUCUUCAUAGUGGAGAAGGCUGAGAAUUAUGAGUACUUAUAAUAGUACCUGUAAAAUGAAUCAUGGCAACAAUUCAAAACUCAGUAUAUCGAAAAAGCCUAAAAAAUCAAUAAUUUUGAGUUAGGAUAAGAUGGGAUCGACCAAUUGUAUAAAUGGAAAGAGUUUCAGCUUGAGGGUGAUACGAAAAUUGAGCUGAUAGAGUAGAAUAAGGAAUAGAGUGGAAAUUCAAAUUAAGAAACUAUAUGA